GUCAUUUACGUCUUUGUUCUCGACCUGAUGUCACAUUUCCCGCUCUGUGAGGAUAUAAAAGCAGCUGCUGUUCAAUGGAUUGAAUGAACGAGCAAACCGCAAAGGAUACAGAGCAGGUGGAAUCAGAGAGCGUCACCACUUCAGUGCAGAGAAGACGAGUCAGCAGCCGACCAAAUCUAAGAGCAAAGAACCUCCUCCACCAUGAUGAUGAGAAUCUGUAUCUUCUUUCUUCUGUUAGCUGCUUCAAGCAACGGACAGGCAACAACAACAGCUGCUGCAACAACAACCACAGCUGCUCCAACCACAACCACAGCUGUUGCAACAAUGACCACAGCUGCUCCAACAACAACCACAGCUGCAGAAACAACAACCACAGCUGCUCCAACAACGACCACAGCUGCAGAAACAACAACCACAGCUGCUCCAACCACAACAACAGCUGCUGCAACAAUGACCACAGCUGCAAAAACAACAACCACAGCUGCUCCAACCACAACAACAGCUGCUGCAACAAUGACCACAGCUGCUCCAACAACAACCACAGCUGCCCCAACAACGACCACAGCUGCAGAAACAACAACCACAGCUGCCCCAACAACGACCACAGCUGCAGCAACAACAACCACAGCUGCCCCAACAACAACCACAGCUGCACCAACCACAACCACAGCUGCCCCAACAACAACCGCUCCAACAACAACCACAGCUGCCCCAACAACAACCACAGCUGCCCCAACAACAACCACAACUGCCCCAACAACAACCACAGCUGCCCCAACAACGACCACAGCUGCAGAAACAACAACCACAGCUGUUGCAACAAUGACCACAGCUGCUCCAACAACAACCACAGCUGCUCCAACCACAACCACAGCUGUUGCAACAAUGACCACAGCUGCUCCAACAACAACCACAGCUGCAGAAACAACAACCACAGCUGCUCCAACAACGACCACAGCUGCAGAAACAACAACCACAGCUGCUCCAACCACAACAACAGCUGCUGCAACAAUGACCACAGCUGCAAAAACAACAACCACAGCUGCUCCAACCACAACAACAGCUGCUGCAACAAUGACCACAGCUGCUCCAACAACAACCACAGCUGCCCCAACAACGACCACAGCUGCAGAAACAACAACCACAGCUGCCCCAACAACGACCACAGCUGCAGCAACAACAACCACAGCUGCCCCAACAACAACCGCUCCAACAACAACCACAGCUGCCCCAACAACAACCACAGCUGCACCAACCACAACCACAGCUGCCCCAACAACAACCGCUCCAACAACAACCACAGCUGCCCCAACAACAACCACAGCUGCCCCAACAACAACCACAACUGCCCCAACAACAACCACAGCUGCCCCAACAACGACCACAGCUGCAGAAACAACAACCACAGCUGUUGCAACAAUGACCACAGCUGCUCCAACCACAACCACAGCUGUUGCAACAAUGACCACAGCUGCUCCAACAACAACCACAGCUGCCCCAACAACAACCACAGCUUCCCCAACAACGACCACAGCUGCACCAACCACAACCACAGCUGCCCCAACAACAACCACAGCUGCCCCAACAACAACCACAACUGCCCCAACAACAACCACAGCUGCCCCAACAACGACCACAGCUGCAGAAACAACAACCACAGCUGCUGCAACAAUGACCACAGCUGCUCCAACCACAACCACAGCUGCUCCAACCACAACCACAGCUGCCCCAACAACAACCACAACUGCCCCAACAACGACCACAGCUGCAGAAACAACAACCACAGCUGCCCCAACAACGACCACAGCUGCUCCAACCACAACCACAGCUGUUGCAACAAUGACCACAGCUGCUCCAACAACAACCACAGCUUCCCCAACAACGACCACAGCUGCAGAAACAACAACCACAGCUGCUGCAACAAUGACCACAGCUGCUCCAACCACAACCACAGCUGCUCCAACCACAACCACAGCUGCCCCAACAACAACCACAGCUGCCCCAACAACGACCACAGCUGCAGAAACAACAACCACAGCUGCCCCAACAACGACCACAGCUGCAGCAACAACAACCACAGCUGCCCCAACCACAACCACAGCUGCCCCAACAACAACCACAGCUGCCCCAACAACAACCACAGCUGCACCAACCACAACCACAGCUGCCCCAACAACAACCGCUCCAACAACAACCACAGCUGCCCCAACAACAACCACAGCUGCCCCAACCACAACCACAGCUGCCCCAACAACAACCGCUCCAACAACAACCACAGCUGCCCCAACAACAACCACAGCUGCCCCAACAACAACCACAACUGCCCCAACAACAACCACAGCUGCAGAAACAACAACCACAGCUGCCCCAACCACAACCACAGCUGCCCCAACAACAACCACAGCUGCCCCAACAACAACCACAACUGCUCCAACAACAACCACAGCUGCACCAACAACAACCACAGCUGCCCCAACAACAACCACAGCUGCAGCAACAACAACCACAGCUGCCCCAACCACGACCACAGCUGCCCCAACAACAAUCACAGCUACCCCAACAACGACCACAGCUGCCCCAACAACAACCACAGCUGCAGCAACAACAACCACAGCUGCCCCAACCACGACCACAGCUGCCCCAACAACAACCACAGCUGCCCCAACAACAACAACAGCUGCAGCAACAACGACCACAGCUGCAGCAACAACAACCACAGCUGCCCCAACCACGACCACAGCUGCCCCAACAACAACCACAGCUGCCCCAACCACGACCACAGCUGCCCCAACCACGACCACAGCUGCCCCAACCACGACCACAGCUGCCCCAACAACAACAACCACAGCUGCUGCAGCAACAACAACCACAGCUGCACCAACCACGACCACAGCUGCCCCAACAACAACCACAACUGCCCCAACAACAACCACAGCUGCAGAAACAACAACCACAGCUGCCCCAACCACAACCACAGCUGCCCCAACAACAACCACAGCUGCCCCAACAACAACCACAACUGCUCCAACAACAACCACAGCUGCACCAACAACAACCACAGCUGCACCAACAACAACCACAGCUGCCCCAACAACAACCACAGCUGCAGCAACAACAACCACAGCUGCCCCAACCACGACCACAGCUGCAGCAACAACAACCACAGCUGCCCCAACCACGACCACAGCUGCCCCAACAACAACCACAGCUGCCCCAACAACAACCGCAGCUGCAGCAACAACAACCACAGCUGCAGCAACAACAACCACAGCUGCCCCAACCACGACUACAGCUGCCCCAACAACAACCACAGCUGCAACAACAACCACAGCUGCUCCAACAACAACCACAGCUGCCCCAACAACAACCACAGCUGCAGCAACAACAACCGCAGCUGCACCAACAACAACCACAGCUGCAGCAACAACAACCACAGCUGCCCCAACCACAACCACAGCUGCAGCAACAACAACCGCAGCUGCACCAACAACAACCACAGCUGCAGCAACAACAACCACAGCUGCCCCAACCACAACCACAGCUGCAGCAACAACAACCGCAGCUGCACCAACCACAACCACAGCUGCAGCAACAACAACCGCAGCUGCCCCAACAACAACCACAGCUGCAGCAACAACAACCGCAGCUGCACCAACAACAACCACAGCUGCAGCAACAACAACCACAGCUGCUCCAACAACGACCACAGCUGCCCCAACAACAACCACAGCUGCAGCAACAACCACAGCUGCCCAAGGUGCAACCACAGUUGCUUCAGGAGCCACCAACAAUGUGGCUGGAGCAACCACAGCAGCUGGAGCAACAAAUAACGCCCAAGGUGCAACCACAGUCGCUGGAGCAACAAAUAACGGCCAAGGUGCAACCACAGGUUCUUCAGGAAUAAUCAAUAAUGCUGCCGGAACAGCAGGUGCACCAGAAGCAACAACAACUGCUGCCUCCUCUGCAGUCAUCAACCAAAGAAGUUUCCU